GCAGCACUGCUACCUCAUAUCACCAGCUGUGUCCUUGAUGAUGAGACAGCCACUGACGGGCCGUCAUGCUAUCUUCAAGGGGUAAGGAUGCGCUCUCUGGAGACGACCGUUUUCUGGUCAGCCAACUUGCCAUGCCCUUGCAGAUCUGGACUCUCUUUGUCUCCUAUUUCUUCUCGUGCAAGUGCAGGCAUGCGCAUUAUUCUCCGCUCGGGACUGGCACAGCAAACAGGCGGUGCUCCCUGCGGCAAUUGAGUCGGUCUCGGCGCCCGACUUACAAGUAUUUUGUGGUAUAUCAGCUCAAUGCACUUCCAAGAGAGCUGCAGAUGAAUGCUUGCAUGUAGUAGUACUGCCUACUUAUACUAAUAAUAGUGCUAGUCGAGCAUCGUCGUCACUUAUAGAACAGGAUCUAGUGCACCUAGCCGCCAUCAAUUCCAUCUCAGGGUCCUGAUCAGCUGCUCCAUAUCAGUGCAUCCAGCUUUAUCGGGGCGGCUGGUUGUUUUCUCCUCUCCUCUCCCCUCUUCCUCCUGGUCCUGUAAAGACCCUGCCA